AUGGAGAGUGGACAGAGGAGACCUCGGAAAGGUCGCAAGCUGGGUUCCAGCCGCCGGAGGCAGACACGAGAGCCGGCAGAUGGCCAGGACGCAUCAGGGGACGCCGCGCCAGGGUCCUGGCCGUCCCAGGCCUCUGUGGAGGUGCAGCGCUUCCUCCGGGACUGUGGCGCCCAGGACAGAGGCUUCGUCACCCGUGAUGACCUGGCGGUGGCCAAGUUCAGCUUCCUGGGCAGCGAGGAGGCGCCUGAGAGGAUCUUCGACUGGGUGGACACGGAGCAGCAGGGACGCCUCUCCCUGGAUGAGUUCAGCUCCGGGCUGGAGAGCAUCCUUGGCUCCCUCGAGAGCUCCCCAGGGCUCCACAGACGGAGGACCCGGGUGCCCCUGCCCCAUGGCCCGGGGCCUGAGGAGGCUGACGCCCAGAAGGAGAUGUUCUCUGCGUUCAUGGAGCAGUGGGGCACCGGCACCUCGUUUCCCGACGAGGCCGAGGUGUGGCCGCUCUGGCAGAAACUAAGGCAGGAGGAGGCCCCGCUGGCCGGCAACCUGGAGGGCUUCCUGGCCACCAUGAACAGCCGCCUGCAGGAGGCUCGGGAUGACAAGGAGGUUCUGGAGCUGGCCCUGAGGAAGUGUGACUCGGACCAUCACCGCAAGGUGCAGCAGCUCUACGAGGAGAUGGAACAGCAGCUCCACCAGGAGAAACAGCAGCUGCAGGCCAAGAGCGAGUCCCGGGACUUGGCCCUCAGCUCCCAGAUGCAGGCCGCCCUGGAGGCCAAGGAGCGUGAGACGCAGCGGCUGGCCGAGGCCCAGAGAGAGCUGGAGGCCCGGAUGCAGCAGCUCAGCGCCUCUCAGCAGCAGGCCAGCUCCGAGCAGCGGCAGCUCCAGGAGGCCGAGCGUGACCUGGCCAGGCAUCUGGAAGAGGUGCAGGGGCAGCUGCAGGUGACCAGGAGGCAACUGACCACCUCCAGGGGCCAUGUGUCCUGGCAGAUGGAGGAGAAACAGAGGGACCCUGGAGCAGGCGAGCGACAGGCCGCAACCCCUCAGGAGGUGUCCCCUGUGGAGGCACCCUUGCCCGGGGUGUUUGGGGACAACGAGGACUGGGAGCAGCUCCUGGGCAGCUUCAGUGCCCCCGAAGGAGCCCUGCAGAUCUGCUGGAGCCCACCCCCGAGCCCUGCCAGCCCCUCCGCGCCCCGCGUGGUCAGGCAGAUCUCCAUUUCCGAGGCCCAGGCUCUGCCCUGCACCCAGGGCCCACCACCCCCUGCUCGGGCAGAGGUGGAAGGCCCUGCUGUCCCCCAAGGCGCUCGGUCCCAGGAGCUGACCCCCAGGCUCCCUGCUGUUGCCGAGACAAGAGCCCUGCCCGGGCCCGCACGCAUAGCUGCUGGCACCGAGGGAGACAGACGUCCCCCGGAGUCCAAGCCGGAAGACCCCGGGACGACGGGCUCCGUGGGGCAGACGGGGCAGAAGCCAUCCACAGGGGCCACCCCGGGGACUGACCCCGACCACGUCUUCCAUGUCGUCUUCCUGGGAGACUCGAGCGUCGGCAAGACUUCCUUCCUGCACCUGCUGCAUCACGAUCGCAUCCCCUCCGGGCUGACAGCCACCGUGGGAGUCGACUUCCGGGUCAAGACCGUGCUGGUGGACAAUGAGACCUUCGCACUGCAGCUCUGGGACACGGCCGGCCAGGAGAGGUACCACAGCGUGGCACACCACCUGCUCCGCAAGGCCGACGCGGCAGUACUCAUGUACGACAUCACCUCGUGGGACAGCUUCGCCCACGUGCGCUCCUGGCUCAGCUGCCUGCAGGAGGCUGGGUGCGACAGAGCGGCCAUCCUUCUCCUGGGAAACAAGACGGACUGUGAGGAGGCUCGGCAGGUGCCCACGGAGGCGGGACAGCAGCUGGCCCAGGAGCUGGGCGCCACCUUCGGAGAGUGCAGUGCCACCCUGGGCCACAACAUCCUGGAGCCCGUGGUGAGCCUGGCACGGUCACUCAAGGUGCAGGAGGACCGUCUGAAGGGCGGCCUGGUGGAGGUGGCCGGCCCCCAGCCCCCGCCCAAAGCUGGUUGCUGCCCCUGA